UGCCCACCCUACUAUAAAACGUCCGCGCAGGUGCUGAGCUGGUAUUAGGGUUUUCACUUGCCAGUGCGUCGAAGGGGGUUUGCUCGUAGAGCCGUCACCAGCUCCUUCCCUCCUAGACAAACCCUAGUCUCCUCCCAACCAUGGCCGUCGGGAAGAACAAGAGGAUUUCCAAGGGGAAGAAGGGAGGCAAGAAGAAGGCAGUCGACCCGUUUGCCAAGAAGGACUGGUAUGAUAUCAAGGCCCCAUCAGUGUUCUCCGUGAAGAAUGUGGGCAAAACUCUUGUUACCCGUACUCAGGGUACCAAGAUUGCUUCAGAAGGUCUCAAACACAGAGUGUUUGAGGUAUCGUUGGCUGACCUUCAGGGUGAUGAGGACCAUGCCUACAGAAAGAUUCGUCUGAGGAGUGAAGAUGUUCAGGGAAAGAAUGUCCUGACUAAUUUCUGGGGAAUGGACUUCACGACCGAUAAGUUGAGGUCCUUGGUGAGAAAAUGGCAGACAUUGAUUGAAGCUCAUGUUGAUGUGAAGACAACAGAUAAUUACACUUUGAGGAUGUUCUGCAUUGGCUUCACUAAGAGACGUCCAAAUCAGGUCAAGAGGACCUGCUAUGCGCAAUCUAGCCAGAUCAGACAGAUUCGUAGGAAGAUGAGGGAAAUCAUGGUAAACCAGGCUACAUCUUGCGACUUGAAGGAAUUGGUCAGGAAGUUCAUUCCUGAGAUGAUUGGAAAGGAAAUUGAGAAGGCUACAUCUAGCAUCUAUCCUCUGCAGAAUGUUUUCAUUCGGAAGGUCAAGAUUCUGAAAGCUCCUAAAUUUGAUCUUGGAAAAUUGAUGGAGGUCCAUGGUGAUUAUUCAGAAGAUAUUGGCGUGAAGUUGGAUAGGCCUGCUGAUGAACCAAUGGCCGAGGCUGCCCCCACCGAAGUCAUCGGAGCUUAAAUCUAGGGUUUUGUUGUUCUCAUAUCGAGUUUUGAAGUCCUUUCUACAGACCAGACGAUGUUUUGCUUCAGCAAGAAUUAAUGGGUUUUGAUAAUUGAGCGAUGUUGUUUUGUUCUUUAGCUGAGAAGAUGGUUACAUAGCUCCUUCCAUACUUAUUAAUGAUGAGACGAGAAUUAGAAUUUUCUGCA